AUAUUUUUAAGUUAUCCAAUAUCCUUCGUGGUUUGUUUUUUUGCGUAAUCGCGGGUGAUAUUUGAUAUUUUUAGUUAAUAAAAUUAAUUUAGAUCCUGGUACAUUUAAAGGACGAUGGGUGGUCAUCACGAACAUGAAAUCAAAAUACCAGAUUACAGAAUAUAUAAAGUUGAUAAUGUACCGGAACUUGUGAAGGUGAAGAAUAUUCUAGCUACCGAAGGUCUUAAAGAUCCGUGGUUGAGGAAUGAAGUUUGGAGAUAUCCUCCAAAUCAUGGUAGUCGUUAUACACAAUAUUUCAAAUGUUGGUUCCGUGGUAAACGUGGUCUUACAAUUGCCUUUGGAUUAGCAGCCUCUAUUAUUGCUGUAGAGAAAACCUAUGAACAUUUUUAUCCAGCGGUUCAUCAUCAUAGAAAGCCUUACUUUCCAUCAUCCAGUGUAUAAUUUAAGAUAAUAGUACGAAAACCAAUGGGCUUCAAUGACAUGUCUAGAGGAAUAAUAAUUAAUAUACAUAAAGAUCCUGUGCUAUAAUUUUUAGUUUUAGUAUAAUUUGUUUAUAUUGCAAAAACAUCAUUUAAAAAUAUAUUUUAUGAAAUACAAAGAUAAAUUUAACUGUCAAGUAAUGAAUUAUUUGUGAAACACAUACACUUUGUAUCAUAAGUAAAUUGUUUGAAAAAUGGUUGUAAUAUAGAAAAAAAAGUAA